UAGUUCAUCACAUGACAAACCAAGAAGGCGGUUAGCUAAUAUUGGUAACAUGUUAAAGAUAAUUUCCUUCAAUACUAAAUUAUGUUCUCAUUUUUCAUUUACAAGGCGGCACACUCUAAACGUCUAAACCAUAUAGAAACAUGCUUUGAAAUAAGGUAUUACAACUUCACAAAGGUUACUUAUUUGUUUGCACAAAUGGAGCCCUUGUUGAUAUGAUCAUUUAUAUAUUUCUGACCAGCCACACAGGUUGUUAACAACAUAUAGAAUAUUGUGUGUUAUGAAUGUUAAAGAUAACAUGAUGGGAAUCUGCUUGCUCAUAAACAUUUAGUUCAGCAAAUACUAUCUGUAGUUUACUACCUUUCGGAGUGUGUGUUUCAGGGGUGUGGGAUGAGGAUAUAGAGGGACACAGUUUGGGAAUGGCAACAUUUUUUCCAUAUUUUAUGGACAGCUGUUAAAAAAUUGUAUGAAAAGUAAAAUUUGAAUAAAAAAGAAGCUAAAAUUGUUUGUAACUUGAUCCAAAUUCCAUGAUCCAACCAAAGGUUCACAGCUCUAGGUCCCACAUCUUGCGCCUGCUGUCCCUGAUGCUUGCACCCCAUUAGGGAGGUUGUUUCUUGGAAGUCUCCAUAGAGAAGGGACAUCAUUUGAGAGGUCUCCCUUCUGGGAGUGUUCAGGGAUGCCUUGCUGGCCACAAACAUCUGCAGAACCCCAUGCCUUCCAGCUGUUGAUGUUUACAAGGUCAAACCAGAAGAUUGUUGUUAUUGCUAGUAAAUAUUCAUGGGUUUACAGCUAUAAAAAAACGCUGUUUGAGUACAUGCCAAAGGUGGAAACAUUUUCUAUAUGGUCAAUAACAAGGUGUUUGUGUUCGAUUAAACGGAAAAGAAGCCUGAAUGGUUGAGAGAAUGUCUAAGCAUCUCUUGAUCAUCCUAGGGCUGUUAAGGCAUCCCCGGCGGCCCCAAAAAUAACAGUCAAAUAAAUUGAAAAACACAAGAAAUUUUGACAAUCAACUCUUUGACAUCAUUUUGCUAUACCAAGCAAAAAUGUAGACAAGGGUGUUACUGGUUAGAAAUAAGGAAUAAAUUAUAAAACACACAAGCUAUUAAUGGAAGUUGCGGACUGGUUGAAUGGAAAACAAACCUAUGGUCUCAUAUUAUUGGUUUUUAAAGAUUUAAGCAAAUGCUAGUUAAGAGCCCUGUUCCAGAUAUGUUAAUAUAAAACUACUGGAGUGUGGGAGCCUGCCUGCUAGUGCCAAGGAGAGAUCAUUAUCCUCUGUUUUCAAGAGGAAAUACAUUGAACCGAAUUUACACAAAGCAAGUUAAAUUCAUUUGUAUUGUAAUUAGAUUUGUUUCAAUAUUGUAUUUGUUGAUGUUUAUAAUAUUAGUAGUUAUUUAUAAAUGUUCACAUUUUAAGUUCUUUUUAGGGAAUUUUUUUAGUCUGCAUCUUUUUAUUUUCAAAAUUUAGAGAAAUAGGUGAUCAAACCUCGAGAUUUGACGAUUAAUGAUUCAAUUGUAUAAACUCAAGAUUAGAAAUAGUAAAAUACAAAUAUGUCAAAUAGACAUUUAGAAUCCAUUGGUCCAAUGAUCAUAUUGAAAUUUGCUUAGGGUUCUAUUAGGGUUGGGGGAUGUUGAUGGGCCCCCAUUUUACGUUGUAAUGUUUUUAAAUUUUUUUAGUUUGUUUUUUACUAUUAAAGAAGGGUUGCCUUUGGGGAGGACUUAUCAUCUUUGUUACAGUCCAAAGAUGCCUUUUAGUUUCCUAAGUUAUAUUGAAGAAAGUACGACAUUUCGAGAUGUUUUUUAAAUUGGGGGAAAUCCACAAGGAUGUUCUCAUUUGAUGUAAAUUUUUUAGGACACUCCAUUACAUUUGUUUUCCAAGGGCGUGGAGGGAAUGCUUUGUUCUCCUCUAUCUAACACAUCUUUGUGGUAUUGAGUUCCAAUACUUAUAUCUUCAGUGUCCAUUAAAGUUAAAGAGUCAUUCGCUAAUGGAAAACAAGUUACGAUUCCUUCCCAACUAUUCAAACUAUAGACAACAUUCUUUGGAUUUUUCUUUUGGCAUGCCCUUUUUUUGAGGUAAAGACAUUAGAGAGAGAUAGAGAGAGUUGUUCAAAGUCUCUCUCUCUCUUUGACAACAAUUAUAAAUGGUCACUACUUUUAGAUACUUAAAAUUUGAUCAUAUCCUAACAUCACCCGAUUCAUCUCACAUGCAUCCCCUAAAUUAAACACAAUCAAUAAUUAUCUAAUCUAAUAAUCUUACUAUUGUUAAUUAAAUAAAUGCCAACCAUUUUAAUUACUUUUGGAUCAGUUAAUUCGACAUAGUGUCAACCAUUUAUUUGAUUAAUUAAUCAUUUUUGUAUUUUCCUCUAUAGUCCAAGUCUUAAUUAAAUACAAUUGUUAUCUAAUUAAAGUUUAUUAUAUUCCAAUCUUUCAAAAAUUAAAUAAAUAUAAAUUAUUUAUUUAAUCUUCAAAUUCUCUCACAAAUCAUUAGUUGGCUAAAAAUCAAUUAGCUAACUAAUAUAUCACUUGCACAAUCUUAAGCAUCAUUGACAAAUUUAAGGUUGUACAUGCCUCAACGCAUGCACAAGGCUCCAUAAAAUCCUCUCUUCAAAUCUUGUCCAUCCAUUCAGCAUAGGAAAUCUCCACUAUCCAAAUUCCUUGAACUACGGACCUCCUCAUAUGCACCAAUCACAAGGCGACUCUUAAAAGCUUUUGAUGCAUUUGAUCCUUUCAAUAGUUCCUAGCCUUUGAUCUUCCAAAUCAAUCUUAUCAUUUGACCCUCCAUCUUUCAAAUCUACAAAUGACUCCUCAUAGAGGUAAUUUGAAAAAAAAGGAAGAACUCAUGGAAUGUAGUGUCAUGUUGGCCUACUAAACAAUUGCAUUCAAUUUAUCUCUCACUAAUCCAUGUUGAACACGACUAUUUUUGAUAAAACAAGGUAUUUAUGGGUGAGGGAUUUUCUGUGUUUUUUCAUCUUUCUUAUGCACGUUGUUUUGCACAACCUAGAUGUUGUAUCUAGAUGUGGAAUAAGAUUUAAAAUUAGUAGUUUGAGUCCUUUGUUUGUGUUCCAUAUUUAUUUGCAUGCAUUUUGGCAUGCUCAAAAGGCUUGUGUCCCUUUUAACAUCUUUUUGUAGCUUUUUGAUGUAAGCUGGUCGUUUAGCACAUGCGGCUCUAAUUUCAACACAUCCAUUCAUGUUUCAGUGCCUAUAUUGACCUUUUAGCAUGUUUACUGGUGUUUUGGACAUUCAUUGAUUUGACAACUCUAAUAAGAUUUCCUUGUUUGUUUUGCAAGUUUUUGACCUUCUCUGAAGUUGUUUGUGGAGGGUUUACAAUUUCUAACCUACUUUAAUGCAUUGCUAAUCAUUUGUGUAAAUUAGCCUUUUUAUUUGCAAAUUUAUUUGUUUGGCCCUUAUCGUAGUCUAGUGUAUUUAUGCAUAUAUUAGCACAUCCAUUUUCAAAUAGUCACAUCCAACCUUGGCCCUAAAUAUUUUGUUCUAUACUAUUUUAGACUUGGUAUUUCUAGUCUCUAGAGUUAACAAAUUACUAUUUUUAUCAUUAGUGCUAACCUUCUCCUUGCAUGUUUCUAUUUUUUGGACUUUUUGCCAGUUUGUACUAUUAUGUUGUGCAGGUUUCACCUUUAAAUGUAUCUAUGUUAUUUUGACAUUUGCAUCCACAAUUCAACUAGUAAACAUAUAAAUCUUUUGGCAUUUUUGUGUCUUAUAAAAUCUACGUUUUGAGAUUAGUGUUUCCAUUUAUUUGUUAGCGCAUGCAUAUUGUUUAUAGAAUUUUAUCAUUUUAUCAGGUUUUGUGCUUUUAACUUAUCAUUGUUUACAACUUGUUUGUGCUAACCCAAUAUUUUUGCAACAUUUUGCUAGUCUAAAACACUUUACAAAACUAUUAACUUGUUUUAUGUAGCUUUUUCAUAUUCAAGGAUUAACCUUUUUAUCACUAGUUUAGUUGCACACUUGUAUGCUAAGGUGAAUAAAUCUUUUAUGUUCUUUGUUUGUGAGAAUUUGUUAGGUGUGUAUGCUCUCUUCUUGCAUUGAAAAGUGACCUUGGUGAUAAAAUAUGCAUUCUUCUCUUUUGUUUUAAUUUAUUUUUAAGAAGACAAGUGGUGCAUACCCUUCUCUCAUAUCACAAGGUGAUCUUGGAAACAAAAAAAUACUUGAUCUUCUUUCCUCUUAGUGGGUUUGCCUUUGAAUUUCAUUAUCGAGGGAUAUGAAUCGAACUCUUGUUCCAAUGGGGUAUGUAAAUUGUUGCAAGAAUUGAAACUCACUUCAAAGGAGGGUAUCAUGUUUGGUUCAACCUUCUUGUCUAUUUUUUAGGGACAAGGUGAAGUGAGAACGGCUUGAACCCAACCAAACGUUUGUAGGUAAAUCUCUCAUUCUUGGAUUGUUAGAUUUGUGUGAAUGUUGUCAUUGAUGUCAAACCUAGUGAUUCGAUUAGGAUUGAAUGUGAUGUGGCGUGUUGUUAUGACAUUGAAAGCAGUUAUGGUGUUACAGAUUGAGCAACAAUGGAAGAUAGGUAUGCAUGUGAUAUGUGAAGUAGUAAGGUUUAUAUGAUCUACUAGAGUCAUUUUCAAAAUAUCCUCUUCUCCGGAAUCUUGUGUUUUGCUUAUCAUGAUUUAUAUCCAGUUUUGGUGUCAGUCAUAUCAGUUGUAUUGCUAUUCAAAUGGUUAUAUUGCAUCAUGUUUUAUGUUUCAAAAUUUGUGGUAUCUGCAUCUUGGAGUUAGGAGUCACCGUGCUUGGAGUUUGUGAUUAUGGGUCCGAAUCUAUGGGUCCGAUAGACCCCUGUUUUAUUCGGGUCAUUGAGGCGUAUGUUUCGGUGAAUUAAGUGUGUAGAAGAUCAAAUGAAGGCCGACUUUGUUAUCAUAUUUUUGGUCAAGGCUUUAUUGGAUAUCGUGUUGAUCUGAGUAGUGUAUUAUUGUGUAAAUCAUUUGUACUUGGUUGACAUAUUAUUUCAGUGUAUGAGCUUACUGAUAUAUAUGUUUAUAGAAGGUGUGUGUGUGGUAUCAAGCAGUAAGUAUGUACGAAUGAAGAAGACGAAUGCGAGUGAGAGAGUUGUGAACAAGAGUGUAGUAAUAGUGUGUGAGCAAUAUACAGUGUGAGAAGUGGAUUAAGAUAUAUGAGCGAAGGUGUGUCAGAACACAUGCGUGACCCCUUAGGACCACUUAAGGCCCCUUGCGACACAUGUGCACCCCUUAGGACCUAUUAGGACCACAUAGGACCAAAUAUUGUCGCAAGAGGUCAUAUGUGGUCCUAAGGGGUCACACAUGUGUUCUAACACAUGCGUGUCCCCUUAGGACCACUUAAGGCCCCUUGCAACACAUGUCCACCCCUUAGGACAUAUUAGGACCACAAAAGACCAAAUGUUGUCACAAGGGGUCAUAUGUGGUCCUAAGGGGUCACGCAUGUGUUCUAACACAUGUGUGACUCGUUAGGACCACUUAAGGCCCCUUGCGACACAUGUGCACCCCUUAGGACCACAAAAGACCAAAUGUUGUCACAAGGGGUCAUAUGUGGUCCUAAGGGGUCACGCAUGUGUUCUAACACAUGCGUGAUCCCUUAAGACCACUUAAGGCCCCUUGCGACACAUGUGCACCCCUUAGGACCUAUUAGGACCACAUAGAACCAAAUGAUGUCGCAAGGGGUCAUAUGUGGUCCUAAGGGGUCACACAUGUGUGACCCCUUAGGACCACUUAAGGCCCCUUGCAACACAUGUGCACCCCUUAGGACCUAUUAGGACCACAUAGGACCAAACGAUGUCGCAAGGGGUCAUAUGUGGUCCUAAGGGGUCAAACAUGUGUUCUAACACAUGCGUGACCCCUUAGGACCACUUAAGGCCCCUUGCAACACGUGCAUCCCUUAUGACCACAUAGGACCAAAUGUUGUCACAAGGGGCCUUAAGUGGUCCUAAGGGGUCACGCAUGUGUGACCCCUUAGGACCACUUAAGGCCCCUUGCGACACAUGUGCACCCCUUAUGACCUAUUAGGACCACAUAGGACCAAACGGUGUCGCAAGGGGUCAUAUGUAAUCCUAAGGGGUCACGCAUGUGUUAGAACACAUGCAUGACCCCUUAGGACCACUUAAGGCGCCUUGCAACACAUGUGCACCCCUUAGGACCUAUUAGGACCAAAGUUUGUCGCAAGGGGUAAUAUGUGGUCCUAAGAGGUCACGCAUGUGUUCUAACACAUGCGUGACCCCUUAGGACCACUUAAGACCCCUUGCGACACAUGCCCACCCCUUAGGACCUAUUAGGACCACAAAAGACCAAAUGUUGUCGCAAGGGGUCACGCAUGUGCUAGAACACAUGCGUGACCCCUUAGGACCACUUAAGGCCCCUUGUGACACAUGUGCACCCCUUAGGACCACAAAAGAUCAAAUGUUGUCGCAAGGGGUCAUAUGUGGUCCUAAGGGGUCACACAUGUGUGACCCCUUAGGACCACUUAAGGCCCCUUGCGACACAUGUGCACCCCUUAGGACCUAUUAGGACCACAUAGGACCAAAUGUUGUCGCAAGGGGUCAUAUGUGGUCCUAAGGAGUCACAUGUGUGUUCUAACACAUGCGUGACCCCUUAGGACCACUUAAGGCCCCUUGCCACACAUGUCCACCCCUUAGGACCUAUUAGAACCACAAAAGACCAAAUGUUGUUGCAAGGGGUUAUAUGUGGUCCUAAGGGGUCACACAUGUGUUAGAACACAUGCGUGACCCCUUAGGACCACUUAAAGCCCCUUAAGACCACUUAAGGCCCCUUGCGACACAUGUGCACCCUUUAGGACCACAAAAGACCAAAUGUUGUCGCAAGGGGUCAUAUGUGGUCCUAAGGGGUCAUGCAUGUGUUCUAACACAUGCGUGACCCCUUAGGACUACUUAAGGCCCCUUGCGACACAUGUGCACCCCUUAGGACCUAUUAGGACCACAUAGGACCAAAUGUUGUCACAAGGGGCCUUAAGUGGUCCUAAGGGGUCACACGUGUUCUAACACAUGCGUGACCCCUUAGGACCACUUAAGGCCCCUUGCGACACAUGUGCACCCCUUAGGACCUAUUAGGACCACAAAAGACCAAAUGUUGUCGCAAGGGGUCACACAUGUGUCGCAAGGGUCAUAUGUCCUAAGGGGUGCACAUGUGUCGCAAGGGGUCAUAUGUGGUCCUAAGGGGUCACGCAUGUGUUCUAACACAUGCGUGACCCCUUAGGACCACUUAAGGCCCCUUGCGACACAUGUGCACCCCUUAGGACCUAUUAGGACCACAAAAGACCAAAUGUUGUCGCAAGGGGUCACGCAUGUGUUCUAACACAUGCGUGACCCCUUAGGACCACUUAAGGCCCCUUGCGACACAUGUGCACCCCUUAGGACCUAUUAGGACCACAAAAGACCAAAUGUGGUCUCAAGGGGUCAUAUGUGGUCCUAAGGGGUCACACGUGUUAGAACACAUGCGUGACCCCUUAGUACCAUUUAAGGCCCCUUGCGACACAUGUGCACCUCUUAGGACCACAACAGACCAAAUGUUGUUGCAAGGGGUCAUAUGUGGUCCUAAGGGGUCACACAUGUGUUCUAACACAUGCGUGACCCCUUAGGACCACUUAAGGCCCCUCGCGACACAUGUAUACCCCUUAGGACCUAUUAGGACCACAUAGGACCAAAUGAUGUCGCAAAGGGUCAUAUGUGGUCCUAAGGGUUCACACGUGUUCUAACACAUGCGUGACCCCUUAGGACCACCUAAGGCCCCUUGCGACACAUGUGCACCCCUUAGGACCUAUUAGGACCACAAAGGACCAAAUGUUGUCACAAGGGGUCAUAUGUGGUCCUAAGGGGUCACACGUGUUCUAACACAUGCGUGACUCCUUAGGACCACUUAAGGCCCCUUGCUACACAUGUCCACCCCUUAGGACCUAUUAAGACCACAAAAGACCAAAUGUUGUCGCAAGGGGUCAUAUGUGGUCCUAAGGGGUCAUGCAUGUGUUAGAACACAUGCGUGACCCCUUAGGAUCACUUAAGGCCCCUUGCGACACAUGUGCACCCCUUAGGACCUAUUAGGACCACAAAAGACCAAAUAUUGUCGCAAGGGGUCAUAUGUGGUCCACGCUUGGAGGAAAUCAUCGUGUUCAUGCAAGGGCCACCUUUUUUCUAUUAUGAGAAUGAUGAUUUUGCACCGAAGGAUAUUUGGAAGACAAUUUCCAGAAAUUUCUAUGGUGUGGAACCAGAGUUGGUGGACUCGAAGUACACUUUUCAGCGUCUUAGAAGACCAAGAGGCUAUGUACACAAUCUCCCAAUAGAAGGGUGAUUUUGAAAGCAUAAUUCUCUGGGCUUCUGGAAGUUGGAAAGUACUUCGACGAGUCCACCAACUCUGGUUCCACACCAUAGAAAUUUUUGGAUAUUGUCUUCCAAAUAUCCUUCAGUGCAAAAGCAUCAUUCUCAUAAUAGAAAAAAGGUGGCCCUUGCAUGAACACAUUGAUUUCCUCCAUGCGUGGCCCAACAGGUUUCCCCCUCCAACUCCAAAACUAGUUAGUCGGGCUCCAGACAUAAAUUAGAGACCACAUCACACACUCGAGACAUUGUUUGUGUGUAUUGCAUACUCUCUAUACAUGUAUUUAUCACCCUUUAACAAUUUCCUCUGCUUUUCUCCAAUUGCUCUCUUCUGGGCAGCUAAUGAGCUUGUUUCCACGUCAUUCAAGAUAAUGCAGACCUGCUUCGUUUCUUUUACGAAAUUUACUUGCACCCCAAGUACGACCUAUUAGGACCACAUAAGACCAAAUUAGGACCUAUUAAUUAAUUUGUACAUAUAUGCAAAAUUGUGAAUUAAUUGUAAAUUCAUUUUACUUAAUUGUAAAUUAAUUUGACUUAACUUGGGGUCAUAAUUUGACUUAAUUUGACUAAUUUUCAAAUUAAUUAUUGUAUAUGCAAAUAUAUGUAAUUGUAAAUUAGACAUAUAUAUUGAAAUUUAAAAUUAAAUUUAUAGUUGUUUAAAUUUCUUUUGUGCAUAGAUCUCUAGAAAUUUAUCUUAAAUUUGUCUUUAUAUCUAGAAAAUUUUAACUCAAAUAUGCAUUUAUGACGUUUAAAUUUCUUUAAAAUGUAUAUAUCUAAUUUCUUUAAUUUACAUGUUUUUAAAUAUGUUUAAAAUGAUUUAAAUGUAUGUAUACGUUUUUAAUUAAAUUGUUUAAUGUGUACUACAUGCAUGCACAUGUGCACACACACACACACACACACACACACACACACACACACACACACACACACACACACACACACACACACACACACACAUAUAUAUAGUUCUACAUUAUCCAUUGAACAUCAUGUCUGACGAGCCUGGAUCACAUAACACGAGUACUUCUGAGCCUAGUGUUCAUCCUCGUGGGAGUGAGCAAACGUCACAUAGGUCUGCAACAACUCCAUAGGAGAGACAACAGCUCUACAAUCAGAUUGCUGAGGCACUCCAACGUGCCUUAGAUCAUUUAAAUAUCACUUUGGAAAACAUGCGUGAUCACACAAAUAAACAAAGGGGUUAGACUAUUAGACAUGAGCUAGUUCAUAUGAUUGACCUCGUUGACAAUUAUAAUCCAUAUGACGAGGUCAACACAGAGGAAUUCUAAAGAUCCCUUUCACGCAGUGUAUGUGGUACUGUGAAAUGGGACACAGUGAAUGAUAGGGUUUGCACAAUUGAUGUGAAAACCAUGUUUCCUCAUUAUCAGGCCUUUGGUAGGAUGAAAGGCUAUAUGCCUACCAGGUGCACAGAUGCACUAGUAGCACCAUUUAUCUAUCCUAGAUGGUUAGCCACUCAUCAUAGGUGGCCCCAAAAGGACGAGUUGCCCCUUUAUUUUUGCAAACAAUUGUUUGCAGAGUUUCAUUUGUUGGAUGAUGUUGAUUACACCGAUUUUCCGAAACAUGCUGGGCAAGGGAAGGGCAAAUUUUCAGAUAAGUUUAGACGACCAGGUGCACCCCCGCCCAUUAAUAAACAAGCAUUGAUUGGUCCAAACCUUGUGGUUCUUCCCAAGAGUGUGGACCUAGCACAUGCUGCAGAUAGUGUGCCAGAUGACACUCGACAAUCCAUAUUUUCCAGUAUUGCUACUAUAGCCACACAGGUGGAUGAGAUGACAUCAGAUCGGGUGGGUAGAUAUUUGUUGUGCUCUCAUACUAACAUUCAUGAUGCAUCAGCGAGUGAUGAUCCAUAUGUUCGAGUAGACAUACCAUCGCUGAUGGAUGCUGCACGCAUGCAUGACAUAGAUCCUUUACGACAGAUGAGGGCAUGCUUAUCCAGUGAUCUCUUGCAUGCAUAUCAGGUCAUUGCUAUGGAUCAUGAGAUCCCACUACAGGAUGCCCCAUCAUUUGUUAGGCGUGCACUUGGUAGACCGGUUGCAUCUAACCGUGGCUGUGAGCAUACAGAUUCUCAGCUUACUGCUAUUGUACAUCCUACUACCCCGCCCUAGCAUACAACAGUUGGUCAGGAUACACCUCCUCCUCCUGUUUAUACAUCAGUUGAUUGAGCCACAGUACCCGAUACUGGAUUUUCGGGGAUGUUCACUACCAUGCUUAUGGAGCCAGACAGUGAGGGGGAUCAUGUUGCAGUGGGCUCCUUGCAUGAUUCUGACAUCAGCAGGAUUGGACGAGCCUUACAUGCUGCAAGAGGGUAUCACGUUAGGGUUGAUGUAUGGAGAUUUGGAUGCUGUCACUGACCUAGUUGUUCAUCAGGAGACACAGGCACAAGGGGCGAUGUUUGAGGAUUUGCACAUUGUCACCGACCCUGUUCAUCAUGAGACACAGGAUGCACCACUAUCACACAGGUUGAGCUCCUCAUCACAUAGACGUACUAGAAUCCUGCAUGCACAUGGUGGUGAUGUUAGAGACUCUUCACAGGCACAUGGAUCGAGACAUGCUUCAGGAUAGGGCCUCGAGUGACCCAUUCUUUAUAUAUAUAAGUGCAUGUGCACACAUUUUAUAGACAUUUCAUAUAUAUUUGUACAAGUGUACUAGACAUUUCAUACAUGUGUAUUGUACACAUUUCAUGUGUGUAUGUGUACUAGAUAUUUAUUUUCCACAUUUCAUGUGUGUGUGUAUGUGUUAGAUAGAUGUACACUUCAUAGACAUAUAUGUGUAUGUGUUAGAUAGAUCUGCAUUUCGUGCUACUUUGCAUGUUUAUAUAUAGAUAGAUUACGUUUUUGAAA